ACAAGGAUGUUUGUCUACUAGUUUCAGUUUGUUUGUUGAUUAUCUGUAGUUUAAUUUCACCGUGAAUACCCAAGUCAUAGCAAUAUUAUUGCAAAUCUGCAUUUUCGAUUUGGUGACUUUAGCGCGUUGGAGAAAAGAAAAUCAAUCAGUACAGCCAAGAUGACGGAUGGGGAGAAAUCAUUUGUGUUUGACCUCCUAUCUAAACGCCGUCGACUACAAUUAACAAGUGUUCGACACAAGACGACGAUACAGUACGCGGCACGGCCUGACAUGCCAAAGCUGGCGUACAGAAAGUUGAAAGGGAAGAGUCCAGGAGUGGUGUUCCUGCCUGGUUUUGCCUCAAACAUGGGCGGUCUGAAAGCAGAAGCUUUAGAAGAAUUCUGCAAGUCAUUAGGGCAUUCGUAUCUCAGGUUUGACUAUUCCGGCUGUGGGUCCUCUGAAGGGGAAAUGAAAAACUUUAACAUCGGUGCUUGGAAGAAAGAUGUCCUCUAUGUACUGGAUGAACUAGUGGAGGGACCGCAGAUUCUGGUAGGUUCCAGUAUGGGCGGCUGGCUGAUGCUGUUGGCUGCUCUUUCACGGCCGGAGAGGAUCGCUGCUUUAGUGGGCAUCUCCACAGCUGCCGAUCACUUCGUCACAGCCUUCCACGCGCUGCCAAUCGAGACGAAGAAGGAGGUUGAAGAACAGGGCUCGUGGAAGUUCCCUACCAAGCACAAUGAAGAAGGUUUCUAUACUCUGAGCGUGGACUUUCUGAAGGAGGCGGAGAAUCACUGCGUACUCCACAGCCCCAUCCCUAUGUCCUGUCCCGUACGUCUCAUCCACGGCCUCAAGGACUCCGACGUCCCCUGGCACGUCUCCAUGCAGGUCGCCGAGCGGGUGCUUUCCAACGACAUAGACGUUAUUCUUCGCAAACACGGGCUCCACCGCAUGUCCGAGAAAGAUGACAUUAAGCUGAUGGUGUACACUAUAGAUGAUCUUAUCGAUAAACUGACAACGCUGGGGUAAGAGAGUGAUGAGAUGGACCAGGGGGAGGGGGGCUUCAAACACGCUUGACCUUUAGAAAUUUUGAAGAAUUUUCAUUCUGGUGUGAAAGCGCACAGUGACCAGAGACCAGAAUGAACAUUUUUCAGAUUUUUUUGCUUUUGUGUUCCACCAAACAAACACUUUAGGACAUCACGAGUAAACCGAUUUUUUUAUUUUACAGUGAAUUGUUCCUUGAAGCUACAGAAGCUUUCCGGGCGAUUCAGUUGUGAAAUGUUGUGCAUUAUUCUUAUUUUCCAUGACACAGAUGGCAUCUGUUUAACACUAGUAAAUGCAAUUAAGUCCAAUAAGGACAUGUUCGUGGAGGCUUUUUCAACCCAAAUCAAAAUGCCAAACUGUUGUAGACGUAUCGUAUCAUGAACCUCAUAUUAUUCUUGUUUGUAUUGUUUCUUGUUCAACUCUUAUGUGCUCAUUUUUGGAACGCUUAAACCUGUAGCCUUAUAAAGUUUUCAUUUUUACGAGUAGCCUGGCACAGUGUUUCAGAUGUGAAGGGUAUGAUCACCAUGUCUUCAGUUUGUGCACGUCAGAUUUCACACCUGAGAUACAGUUGUGUAAACCCGUGUUAAAGGUUCUCAUGUAAAAUGUCUUUUUUGUUUGAAAGGUGUGGAGUUUAUCUUGAGGUUGACUUGACUCUGUAAUGAGCUGUUUUCUUGGACAAAGUCUAGAAUAAGAAAUGACAUGUACACACUUGCUUUAUUACUACGUUUUUUCAUUAUUUCAGAGCAUCACUGUUUUUCGGUGAACUGGAAAAGAAAGUACAUGCAUAUAGUGUGGACCCGGAGGUUCCGUUUUAAUCAUAUGCAAGCUUUCUGAAUUUUGCGAACAGAUGAUGGAAAAUAGAAAAUGUUUGUUGUUUUGUUUUUCAAUUUAGAUAUCUUUACAUAUAUAUUUACUUAACACUAUGCAAUAUUUUUUUAUCAGUUUUUUCUUCAUUUUUUUACCACCAGCUGUCUUUUCUGUGUGUUACACGUCGUACUUUCCUUUACAGUAGUAUCCACAGAUUUAAAAAGCCUUUAUUUCCUCCAGUGACCACGUUUUUCUUCUUGUGUAGUGCAUGUUUUUUCAGAUUGUUAACUGAAAGUAUUAUCACAUUUUCCUUCCUUUUUUGUAAACAGUAUAAAAUUUACUCCUUUAUUCUUUUACUCACCCUCAGAUUGUUCCAAACCUGUAUAAAUGUCUUUGUUCUGCUGAACACGAAGGAAGAUAUUUGGAAGAAUGUCAGUAACCAAACAAAUCUCAUCCCUAUUGACUCCCAUAGUAUUUAUUUUCCCUACUAUGGCAAUAAAUGGGGGAUGAGAUUUGUGUGGUUACCGACAUUCUUCCAAAUAUCUUCCUUCGUGUUCAGCAGAACAAAGACAUUUAUACAGGUUUGGAACAACCUGGGGGUGAGAAUGUAAAGACAGAAUUUUCAUUUUUGGGUGAACUAUCCCUUUAAACAUUUCCAAAAGUAUGUUUUAAAAUUAUGUAUGUCAUGUUGUCAAAUAUGUAUAAAUCUUUCUGUUAUUAAAGCUCUAUGAU